GAACAGGGAGCCUAAAAGUGAAGAUAUUGAUCUACCAGUUGAUCUUCGUUCCAGCCCUCACCUGUGGUCAUAAACUUUGGAAAGGGAUUGAAAAAAAAGAGACAGCAAAUACAAGCAGCUGAAAUGAUUUGCCUCUGAAGGUGGCUGGGUUCAGCCUCUGAGAUGGGUCAGGCUUGGACAUCUGGUGUUCGAAGUAGUCUCUUCACAGUACUGAUCUCUGAAUAGCAUAGCCCCUUGGAUGCAUACUUUAACUGGUUUCUUGGGUACACCUGGCUUGGGGUAGACCCAGGGCUUGCCAGAGGGAUUAUAUUCCCCAGUUGAAUUGGGAAUGCCUGUCUUAGGAGGAACUAGAAAUGUAGCUGAGGACCAAGGAGUGUCUGGGUGAAUUUGCUUAGUUUGACCUGAUCCAACAACAUGGUAGAAAUGAUUGACUGGAUCUAUGGAGAAAUAAAUACUAAUUAUGUAAAUGGAGAAUAGUACAACUGAAUAAAAAACAGUCAGAAGCCCAAAUCAGUUCCAGAGAGACUUGAAUCUGAUGAGUAAAUGUCAUUUACAUUAGGCUGGAGAUAAAUGCUGUUCAAAUAGUUUGCUCAUCCAACGCACUUUAAGGUGUUUUAGUAAAAGUGUGAACAUACAGUUGUUCGUCCAACAUGCAGGUGACACUGGAUGUCUGGACACCACCGAUGGGGAACUGCUUGUUUUUCUUUUGUCAGCAACACAGCCAGGGCGGAGAGUGCCAAAAAAGAACAGGAGGCUGCUCUACCUUUUCGCUACACUGAGCAAAAAUAGACAUGGGAAAUGACAUGUGGGUGGUAAUAUUGACAUAAAAAAACAGGCACAAUACACCUUGUACUCAGGCUAUGAUGGCUAUAAAACACAGGAACAUUAAUUUACCUCCAAACUGCCUGUAUCUUUUUUUGUUUGUUUUUUGUCAAGCUGAAUAGUAAUAUUUUUGCUGAACCAGGUUAAAAGGUUUAUUUUUUAUGAUGCUUAUUGAAGGUAAACUCAAUGUGAAGAGACAGAGUUGGCAGCUGCAGCUUGGCAGCAGCUGUAGCGAUUUGUAUGUAGAUACUCCAACAGUAUGAGCAGGAGCAGUUCAGUACGGCAGCUGUUACACCCUGCUCAGGUGUGAAUUGUGUCCAUGACAUACAGAAAGUCCAACAAUUACUGUCCUGUUAGCUCUGUUUUGACCUCCAUCAGCUUCUGAAGAAAAAACAUCCAACCCUUACUCUGAAUACUCCACUAAGUUCAGCAGCUAACCAUGUCUGCGCUCUGGUUGGUGUACUGUUUAGACAGCUGUCUCACACAGAAAAAAACAACCUCUCCACUAUGCUAAUGACUCAGAAGAUCAUAUAGUCAGGCAAAAGAAAUCAAAGAGAAUAAAAACAUAUUUACUCCGAGGAAGGUGCAUGAGGUCAAGUUGAAAUGGAGUUUGAGGCAGAAGCAGCCAGUUAAACUCCCCUGUCCGCUUGCUGCCCUCCGUCUCUCAGCACCUUGGCAGGGUUAGAUAACACGGUGCCACAGGGUAUGAAGAAACCCCGAGGCCAUCUUUUGAAGCCCCCUCACAGCUGUCAGAGGUGACCAGUUAAUCCAAAGUAAUGAGACGUCAGAGGCCUGGAAUUUGGUGAAAAAGAGCGGUUGAAGCUGCAGUGGAGCAAACUGGUACUUACAAACAGAAAGAGGCAGAUUCUUACAGCAGGAUAAAGCAUAAUUUCAGCAGCAGUCGUGACUUUGGUGGCUUGCCAAUGAAUUAAAUUCUUCUUUCAACAUUUGAAGUAGGUGGGAAGUUCAUUUGAAUAAUCUUUAAUCUUUACUCUUCAAAUUUCUCCCCCAAACUUCCUCAUUUUGUUUUGCUUUUGACUCAUCAUCUAAACCGCUGAAUGCAUUUUGUGUUGGUGUAGAAGUGGCACACGGAUAUAGGCUACAUUUGGCACUAGUCUCAUCCUGCUGGGCCACAUUUCCACCACCGUCUUCAUCUUCGCUUUGAGCCGAGCAUUAGCUACACCUUCAACUACUAAAUGAAUCCACUGAUCACAGCGGUGUGUGUGUGUGUAGCUGAAAUCCAUCGCUACAAUUAACUCCUGUGCUCCGACACACACUUGGGCUUUCCCUCCCUUAUGCCCACACACUCGCAGGAGCGGCUGAUGUGAUGGACAAACAUCAAAGAGGAAAUGGAAAUGGCUGUGCAGCAGCAGCUUGAGCCCAGCCACAAGGUGAGGGACUGAGUGAGACUAAUGAAAUGGGACGUGCUAAAUGUGAGCUAAAGCACCAGCCGGAUGUGGAGCAAGAGGGCUUCAAAGCGGGGGCGGGGAGGUGUAGAGCAGUGGAGGCUCUAAUCCAGACUGACAUUGUGUGAACUACAGUAACUAAACCCCACAUCAAUAUGGAGCCCGCAGACUCAGUCCAGAAGAUGAUCUUAUCCCUCAAGACAGCCUGACAUCCACAGAGACAGGUUGGAUACUGGCUUUAACGUAACCAUUUAAUGCACAGUUACAGCCAGCACAAUGUAUGGAUUUAUCACAGCCAAGCACAGGGCAGCACAGGCUGGGUGAGGCUGCAGCACCACAUGUGCAAACAUCUCCAGAUUGACCAGACUAUGUAUAAUUCAACUUUAUAUCAGAAAGAAAAUGUUAUUAACCCCCAACUGGUCCGUGUUCAUGGAGACAGUUUAGAUUUCAAAUAAUGUGACCGCUCUCUCAGCGGCAAAAUGUCAGACAGAAAAUACAAGAACAGAGCGCAAAAAUGAAAGAAUGGCAUGCUCAAGGACUAUGGAAAUUUGGCUAUGAAUAUUUUAAGCUGCCAAGUUAUUUUAUAGAAGUCAAAGCUGUGACGAUUCACAGCAAGUGGACUACCAAUUAGCUAGCUGAUGUUUCUUUGGUAUAAAACACUCAGUAGGUGUACAUGUCCUGUUUAGUCGUCAUAGUUACAGCCCAAUCAGAUGCUUCAAGUGGAGGGGGUGACAUGCCCACUUUCAGCUUGUUACUGCAGUAUACAAUCGCCUCUAGGCUGACGAAUAAGGGAUCAAAACAGUCCGCAAAGCGCAUUGGCAAAAGUCUCAUGGGAUCUACAUUGAACAAUGAAAACACUGACACAGCUCUGUACUAUUUGUUUGUAUGAUAGGAAAGUUUUGUCUUUUUGACAUCCUUUUUUCAUCUGUUCAGGGUUUUUUUUUCCCCAACACAGGUUCCCAACAACUCAUUCAUGCUAUUCAUCUUCAGACUCAAAGCCCAGUGUGCAAACACUUCGGCCAAUUUCAGUCCAACUGAGCCACAUACAAACAGAAAAUCAAUCCCCAACUGCUAUUUUUUUGUACAACAUGUAAACCUACCGACUGCAAGAGUAGCUCUCACACCCGUUUUAGCUACAGCCCUGCAAAGCUAACAGUGUAACAGAUCACGACCGCCCUGCCUCACCCUGUCACUCAGAUAAGAAGUCUGAGUCAAGACGAACACAUCUCAGUAACCAAUAUGUUGUACUCUGGGAGUUAACCAUGAUGGACCAACCUCUACAGCGAGACUGUGACAGCCACACCUGUAACAGGAGGUUUCUUUUCAGUCAAAGUGACAUUUUGUGCAAACUGAGUUUAUCAGCCCAACAAAAGACUCUGCCAGGAAAACAAAGAAGAAAACCCCUGUAAAGGUAAGUGAUCGUGCUGUUGUUGCAUUCCUGAUGUUACCACCCAUAUGUGCUGCUGCGGUGUUUAUUGUGUUGUUGUGGCUUUGUUGUAUUCAGUUUGAUUGUGCCUCUGCGAGCAUGUUGAGAUUCUGCCUCAGUAAAACAAGGUUGUUUGUACAUCUGCAGAUUCAGCGCCAUGAUCUGAAAGCAAAAAGCUUUUACCAGCCUAAAGAUACACUUUAGAUGGCCUUUUUUCUCCUGUAGCAUGGCUGUUUAUAUAGAAGGCUGCUACUUCAGUAAAUGUGUUUGUGAAUGCUAGUGUGCCCUGAAUGUGUACGGCCAUACAAAAGACCCAGCACACUUUUACAUGCUGAAUUACCUAUACCUGGUAGAGAGCAUGAGCUAGCUGGGCCCCAUGCAAAGAAUAGCCUGGGGACCCAUGACCACAUUAAUUCAACACUAUUCACUGCUCAGAAUUCACAUUUUGUACAACAUGACUCAAAAUGUCCAACAUGCUGACCUUCUCAAAGCUUUAAUUAACGCUCUGGUGAAGUGGUGGCUCUUGAUUGCCACCUAUCCUCAUUUCUGUGGGUUUCUUCACAAAAGGUCUUAUUUUUUCAUGAGAGUACAGUAAUAGCUUUAAAAUGUUGUAUUUGCUCAAACAAAAUUAAAAUAAAAUCUAAUGACUCAAAAGAAGACAGGUUAUGAAUCUGAAAAUUUUAAAGCUAAUAGUUAUUAGCUUGGCCAAGUGUCUCAAACGGACACUUGCAGAACUGCAGUUUUUGUGCAGUGAGGUUAUCAAUUCGCAGGGGCAUCUCUAAAAGAGAGGCCAGGGGUGGGAUGAGCCGUCCCUUAAAAUCUGUUUGGCUACACCUAAUGCCACCCCAGAAUCUUGAACUAUGAUUGGCUUGUUAGAUGCAUUACUUAUAUCAAAUCAACUAUUUGGAUAAUUGAUGAGUGAGAUGAGUGAUUAAAAGAUAACUGUUAUUAAUGGAUUACUCCACCUCUACAAAAGUCAGUGGCCCAGUCAGGCUACCCUAUUCACAGAAAAAAUUAAGCAUACUCCUGCAGCUUAGUCUUGGUGUAGUUGUGAAAAACCUGAAGCAAAACAAUAUUUUGUUUUGAUUCCACUGAUCUGGGCAUACUUUUAUUUCUUCUUAUGCCUGUAACACCGAAGUGUAAAGUGCUCCCCAAAGCCACUGUGUUUUCUGUAGCCUGAUGAUUCAUUAAGUGAACUUUAAUAAGUAAAUUUAUCUACCUGUUAUAAUUCACACUAAACCAAAUAUUUCCUUCAAUGGUUUGAAGGAAGGCACAUAAAUCAUCACAGUUUGAUUGAUGCUUCCCUCCCUGCAAAUAUCAUUUGUUGUUGACAUUUUCUUCUUCAUUAAUAAGCCUUUGGGAACUUGUUCUACUUAAAGUUUACUUAGUGUCAAUUUUUCUCUCUCUUUUUUCACUUCUCUGGUUUUACUUUUUUACUCUUCUUUCUCUUUAUAAGAAAAAUCAUCUACAUCUAUUUUUAAAAGCUGACAUUAGACGCUGACUGUCUUUGUGUGGUUUGAUGUGAUUGAUGUCAUCUAUGAUCAAUAAUGCAGCAGUGGAGACUCUUAACUACCAUUAGCGAGGGUCUACUUACAGAUACUGAGGUAACCAGUCAGAAUUAGUAUUCAGCAAAGUCAGGUUAUAUUAUGAACAAAGUCCCAUAAUGGAACGAUAAGCUCAUUCUUGUGCUUUUGGUUCGUGUUUUUUUUUAUUUUAUGAAGCUCUAAUGUACAAAGAACAUGAACUUUAUUCAGCCUUUGAGCACAACUGGAUAGAGAAUUCGGCCUGACAGGUUAUGUAUCUUAGUCUGAUCUAUCGAUCGUCAGUUUGGGUCUUUUCAUGAUGUUUGUUGACAACAAGAAAAAAAAAAAUCAAACUCCCAUCAUUCCCCUUUUAAUUUAAACCGGUGAGCCUUUAGACAUUGAACACAACAAGCAGACUCUCCUCUUGUUCAGUCCGUUCGUAUUCAGGCCAGUGCUAACCUGACGUGUGGGAACACCCAAGGACCCAACCUGUUCACACACAAUCUGCAGUGGCACAAUCCCAUUACUCAGCCUGUUAUUGGCCCCUUUCACAGAGUGCAGCGCAGCACUGGAUCAGUCAGCCACAGCCAGCCUUGCUCCCUCUCGGGGGAAUAGACUGGCUGCUUGAUUUUCUAAGGUGCUCGUCUCACACUCUCCCUCCCUCACCUUCCAUUGUCCUCACUCCUCCGUGCUCGCCGUCUAUCUUACCUCUGCCUCUUUCUCCCUCCCUGUCUCUGGAUCUUUCGCCCUCCCUCUCUCUCGCUCUCUCUGUUGCCCUUACUCUCUCUCAGUAUCACUUGUCACUCUUCUCUCUCUCUCUCUCUCUCUCUCUCCCUCGCUCUCUCUCUCCUCUCUUCACGGUCAUGGCUUUUUCUCUGGACAACAGAAAACCUUAUUUAGCAGUCUGCUCAGCACAGCCAUAGCAAAGCUGCCAAUUCACCUGCUUAGAUUGCUAUAUUCUCUACUCAGUCUCCAAAACCCAUUGCAAUUACAAUCCCUGCAUAAGUAAAAGCACCUGGUACACAGACAUGUCUGAUCAGCACCCUGUAUCAUAGACACACAUCAUCCCCAGGCACUUUCUCCUGCAUGGUUUCACUACUAAAAGACAUUAUGUUUUGGAUGUGUUGUUGAGUAUCUGUGUGAAGAAGGAGUGCACAUUAGAAGAAGCAAACUACUCUCUUCAAGACCUGGUCAGCAUGUGAGUGGCUGAGUGUUUUCAGAUUUUAAAGCUGCUCUGUGCUUUGCUUUGAAAGUAUUCAAUGCAUCUAGUUUUCAUCCUGAAUCACAUCCAAGCAGAGGUCACCUCAUGUCAUGCAUGCCUGCUUUGCCAGACACUUUUUUUGUUGAGCUGAAUGCCAAUGUACUUAUAUUUUGGAAAAACGCCAUUUCAUGCAGAAAAAAGAGGAAAGUGUCUAACAAGUGAAGCUAAAGUUUUUGGCUUGUUUUCCUGAUUCGCUAUUGAUUUUGAGUCAAGUGUUCAAGCAGCAGGUAGACAGGACUGAAGAAAGGAUGAGCCUAUUCUGACUGCCUUUAAAAACUUUCAAGAAGGCAUUGUUGUGAGAGAAUUGCUGAAAAAUAUAUUUGAUUCAUCCACUGGUUGGAUUGGAAUUCGCAGGGUUGCUUUUGUAUGUCUGCAGUGAAGGUCUUCUUUAUUCCUCUGACUUUGGUGGCACCACGUGACUCAUGAUAAAGCAAAUACAUUUCCCUGUUUCUUCUCUGAGUUUGGGCGUAUGGAUUCAUCUUCAAGCCCUGAUAAAUGAUUUUAGAGUCCAGCACUGCGAUGAAUCGCACCACGAGACAAUACCACCGAAAGGUGCAAUCAAUUUCACAAAAUGUUUAAAACCAUUCUUCUCGUCAGUCAAUAACUGGAUUCCACCAACAGCUGAGGGGGAGGGAGGCGGCUGAGGAAAAACUGGAAUCUGUUAGGAAAGGUGUUUAACAUGAAAGCCAGUCGAAUGUGGGAUUCAUCAAAACCUUUCACAGCAAGACACUGCUUGUAAUGCAUCUACAAGCUGAACAGAGCCUGCCAGCUGAAUGUGUAAAGAGUUUGACUGCAGCAAGCAACAUGCAAUGACUAACAGGACAACUGUGAUUUGGUUCUUGUUUAAAUCACAAGAAAUGCAGGAACAAACACCUGAUGAUCCUGCAUCUACAGCAUCUCUGUGCCUCUUAUUAUUAUGUCUUUGGGUCAAAAGUUUGAUCAUUUUUGGAUUUCUCAGUGUGGCCCUGAAACGCUGAUAAAGAUGUUUUUGCAUUUGGAUUGGAUUUGUUAUACGCAACUUAAAUUUAAUAUUUUUACAGAAACAGAUUACAGCACGAAGAGGUUCAUUGAUAAUGAUCUUUUAAAAUGAUUAUUGAUUCAAGAUUUUAGAGAAAGGUUGGCAUAGAAAGGUUUAGUAUAUAUACAAAAACAUUGAUUGCAACUUUUGUAUAUGUGGGUGGAAUAUACCAGCUGCCUGUGCUGACUGUGGAGAAAGGAGAAAGUAAUUUAGCAGUGUCUUUUAUUGUGAGUGACAGAUUGAGUCUUAAUACAAAACAGAUUUGGGGUAUUAAUUCAAGAGAGGCAAAGACAAGGAUAUGACUUCUCUGACCCAGACAGCACAGCAUGCAUACAGAAUAAGACGAUCACUCUACAGUUAAUUAAACCAGCAAAAAAAAAAAAAAAGAAAAAACAUCAUUAUGUCUGCACUAAUUUUCUACAUGUGUGACUCUGGCCUCUAAGUUCUUAAUUUAAAUUAGCCUGCUGGAGUAUUGAAAAAGUAUGUAUGAGAUAAGAUUCGACCUGAAUGCUUCAAUAUCACAUUCAGAGAACUCCUUGAUUAAAGAGCCUAAGGCAAUGUAUAAUGGCUGGUUUUGGUUCACCUUAGAGUCUUUUCAUAUCAGAAAAGUGGUUAAAUGGAAAAUAAAGGCAGGAAUUACUUCGAGUUUAAUUCUGCAAGGUUAAAAAAGUAUGAAAACAAUGUCUGCAGCCUUGUCAACAGCUCAUAAGUCCUUCGUGCAGAUGCACCAGUUUACACAAAAACAUGUGGGGUAUCUGCAACCCCAAUAAUGUAAGAGGUGGGCUGUUGUGUAAAUUAUGAAGAGAAUUUGAUGUAACUCUUUAUUUUUACUAAAAGUAGUACAGAGAGAGCAUAUCAAAUGUUUACAACUGAAAUAAUUUGAUUGUUCUUUGAAAAAAACUAUGUAUUUAUUCCAAAUUUGAUAUGAGCAGCAUGUUUUCAAAAAAAAGUUGGGACAGGGGAAAAAAAACAAAAAAAAAACGAAAAGUUUUGUAAAGAAGAAAAAACACCAGAGGAAACAUCUCUCAACUGACAAGAUUAACUCACAGCAGGUUAGGAGCAUGACUAGAUAAAAAAGGCCCUCUAGAGAGUCUUCUGUAGUCUAAAGUAAAGAUGGGAAGAGGUUCCCCACUCUGUGAUAGACUGGGAAAGGAAAUGGUUUAGCAAUUCCUGAGUAAAGUUUUUUUUAAGUUUAAACUUGUAAUGAAUUUGGGAAUUUCAUCAACUACAGUACACUAGAUCAUGAAUACAUUCUACCCCAAAACCUGUACUGGAUUGUUGUGACCUACAGUAAAAAUCACUGCAUGGGCUCAAAAUCACACCUAAAAUCUAUUUACUGUGCACAUAGUUUAUCACUGCAUCCUUAAAUGCAGAUCAAAACUGUACUAUGCUGAGAGGAAACCACUCAAAAACAUGACACAGAAAGGCUGACAUCUUUGUGCCCAACCCCAAUCAAGAUGGAGUGAGGUGAAGUGAAAACACUGGGCCAUGGUUUGACUAAUCAAAAUUUGUAAAAGAAAAAGACCUGCCUGAAGUGCUGACCGUUAACCUGUUAAAAACAUAGCUGUGUAUCAGGAUACAGGAUAUAAAUAAGAACUAAAUAUAAUCUUUAUACUAUUGCAAAUCGUUAAAACCUGUUUAAUGGGAAUUUACACGACCCCCUAACUCAUGUGUAAUAGGCCUUGUAUUAUUUGUUUGUAUGGUUCAUUACUUUGAAUAACUCCUCAUAAUCAUGGCAUGAAAAAAAUAGCAAAACUGUGAAGAUCAGACUUACGACAGCAAAGAUGCCACAAAAACGGUUUUAGAGGCCUGCAUGCUGUUGAAAAAAGAGAGACCUUGUGGUAUAUUUUGAUUAAAAAAAUAUAUAUAUCUCUUUAAAAACUUUCCCAAGGGUUCAUUUACAAAAACCUGUCCAAUGUUCAGUUUUUCGUUACCAUGAAAAAAGCAAUAUAAGGAAGAUAUUGUGCACAACUUUCAUUAGUGAGAGAUCUUUCAGUAUCUGUGUGUGCCCAGAAGCAUUUGUGUCCCCUGUGUCUGAACAUGCAUGUAAUGCAGCACGGUGAAAUUAGUUUGGGGGAUGUGUGCGAGCCUUAGGUUGGUAUAAGAAAGAAGUGAUGUUUGUGUCAACUCUCAAUUGUCUGAGCAAUUAAGUCUGUCUUUAACGUCUGCUGUGAUGCCUCACUGACCUUCACAGGGCUGCUGGGAAACUGUGCAAAUAGCUCGGGGCAACAGUCAUUAAGAUGCACACAAAUUACAACGUCUGAGAAGUCAUCGCACUGUUUGCUUUACUGGCCCUCAGCGGACAGGGACUCAACCUGAGGAAAGUUAAACAAAAAUACUCCACAAAGUUCUCUUAAUAGGGCUGGAAGUGUCAGAACAUUUGGACUAAACUCUUAAAAAGAAAAAGACCCAGAAACUUUUUUUUUUUUUGGACCUGUCUUAUUCUUAUCCGUAUGGGGAAAUAUCCAGGUACUUUAAUGCUGCUCUGUAAUAUCAGCAUUAUCACUAUAAAUGGAUACUUGGUUUGGAGGACUAUCUUCACACUACUUGUUUAUAAGAGAGGAAUCUGAGAAAGUGGAACCAAAUGUUUGUCACUCUACUGUCAGGAAAACCAAGUCACAUCUAAAGAAAUGUUUCCAAUUUAUUUUCUGUCAACGCUCUGGGCCAUCAUCAAAUUAUUUCAGCUCCAGCUGUAUGGUUGGAUAGUUCAAUCCACCAAAACCAUCAGUCAUUUUCUUUAUGUUUGUUUUUAUUUUAUUUUUUUAAAGUACACUUUGAAUGGAAAUUAAGCAUGAACUGAGCUGUCAAAAGUGGCAUUGGGAUUGUUUUGGGGUUGUUUUUUUCAUAUGAAAUAAUGAUACCUGUGCCAUUAAAUGUAUAGGGUUUACUUAUGUUGCGCAUUACUCUAAUGGGGAUAUUGUCAUGGUUGCUAAGCUUUGGAGCAACAAUCAUUACUUUGCAAACUUGCAACCUCUAUGUGUGGCCACUCAAGUCUAAAAAAAUCACUUUCCCCCUGUCCCAAUGGAGCAAACUGACAGCAAAUUUUUAAACUUCUCAAAGAAUUAAAUUUUUCUUAAAUCCUGUUGCUUUCAAAAUUCAUAUUUCAUAACAUCGAGUAAUUGAUCAGAUGGGUAAAAACUAAGAAAACUCCAAUUCUGGUCAGUAAGUUCAGUUUAAUUGGUAAGAUUCUGAAAGUGGAAACAGCUGGUGUCAGGUAGCCUCCCUCUCUCCUCUGGACAGUGAACCUCUUACAUGAAGAGUUGAGUACUUGCAUUUGAUAAACUGACAGGCUGACAGGGAUGAAAAGAGCCACCUGAGGACAGUCUGAAUCACUGAUCUCAAUGGGAGGCAGCAGAAGGAGGAGGUGAGGAAACAAAAAAAUAACCCUCCACUCCGGGGAUUUUGGUGAGGAAAGAGAAAGAAGAACAAGAACAGGAUGACAUAACCCUCGGUGAGAUGGCAGUGAUGACCGAGCAGCUGGAUCAGUGUGAUACAGCUAAUGAGGUGCUGCUGAGUUGUUACGGUAUUUCAGCUUGUACAUACUGGUCACCUUUGUCAACGCUCAUUGCUGCCGGCGGGGGCCAUAAAGCAUGAUGAAAUUUACAUCUCUCCGCAGUCAUGGUCAGGAAAUAGGUGUGGGAAUUAGCUGUUCAGUCCAAAAGGGCCUCUUAGCUGUUACCUUGACAACCAGCUUGGGUACGUAGAGUUACUUUGUUCUAUGUUGCCAACCUAAAAGUUACCUUUAUGACAGGAGGGAAAAUGGAUGAAAUGCACUUUCUGCUCAUUUUGACUUUUCCUCUCUAAUUUAUAAUUUAUAUUUUGCAUUAAUUUGAUUCCCAAACUAUACUGAAGCACUUUUAGGCUACAUGUUCACUCGUACACAUAAAUAAUUCACAAAAUUUGUUCAUUGGUUGCUGUGCAGUCAUUCGAGCUACAACCAGGGGGGAGUCCAGUUAUUUUUUUCUUACUGUGGUGGCAUGAUUGGAGCUCUACCUACAAAUAAACACAAAAAUCGAUCUAGCCUAAUUAUCUAAAAUGAAUAUCUUAUACUGCUAUCAUUCUUGUUUUUUCUACAGCACGCCAUGAGAGCGACAAGGAGCUCAAAAGUCCAACCUCUCAAAGGGCCAGGAGACAAUCAUAGGUUAAGGUGGCAGAGGUAAAAAGGUAAGGCAUAAAAAAGCAUAAAAGUUAGGUUCAUCUCAAACCAGAAGUGAAUAAAAUAUUAACGCACUUGACUCGUGUGUAAUUGACUGCCUGAAUAUUUUGUGUUGACUUGUUUGAUUCAUGACCAUGACUCGCUUCAUUCAUGUGCCCAAACACAUGGAUCAGAACAGCGCCAACAUCAUUGCGCCCCUAUCACUGAAUGCAGCCAGCGCACACACACACGCUACAAGCGACACGCAACACGCUACACACCAUUAGCCAAACUUUCCAUUCAGGUCCACCGCAGCGGUCACAAGAGUCAAACAAAUUUACAUCCUCACAAGUCUUGGAGUUUACACGAGGGCGCACACACACGUUCAUACAUUACACACGCAGACACUCACCACCGCAGACGCCGAGCUCUCCUCCACGCUGCCCUCGGUCAGCCACAGUGUCAGCCAAACAGGGGCGCACCUACUUCCGGGUUCUUAAAGGGCACUUGGCGGGAAAAAGGGGCACCUGGUUUGUUUGAUCUAAUUCUGGGUUAUUCUUCAGUAUAGGAGACUGAAUUAAAACAUAUAAAUUGGGGCAAAUUUAACAGAUGUAUUUUGCAAUAUGUGAGUGGGUUUUUAAUGCAAUGUUGGUUGUUUCUGUAGAAAGUAAACCCUGAUUUUUGUUCUGAUUUAUUCUUUUUGUGUCAUGCCCACUGGGAGGGGCUUAUUGUUCAACAGCCAGCCAUUUUGAGUGAGUAGUGGAGAGUUGGUAGUGAUAAUGAGAUGAAUCCUCUUGAAGCAUUGAAGCUUUCUAUCCAAUUGCUCGACUCCUGCUUUAUUUGCUUUAUUGCGCCAACAAGUGGACAAUAAAUGUAAAACAGGCAGAGUAAUUAUCAAAGACGCCCAAGGCUUUGGUGCGCGAAGCUUUGAAUUGAAUAAAUGAGUGAAUGUUUGUGAUACAAUACAGAAAUUAUGAAGUUAUUAAUACGGUGUCUGUCUUUAAGACACAGAGUCAAAAAGGGAAAGAGGACAUAAAUUAUGGCGAGGGUUGUGAUGUGAAUGUGCCUUUGUUAGUUUGUUGUUCGUACUUUUGUUACGGGAACAACAUAUAAAAACGUAAAUAUUAAAUUUAUUUUUAUUUAAAACCAACUUUUCAACAAGUCCUGAGUCCAUGGACUGUAAGUAGGGGGGACUCCAUUGCGUUUCACUGCCUGUUAGACAAUCUGCCAAACCCGCAAACUGUUUUUUGAAUCAGUCACGUGGUACAGCCGGGCAGCGAGGCUUCGGACGUCAUCAUUUUUGGCUCCCCCUCUACAUGAAGCAAGCCUCGAUACGUGCUUCACUAAACGCCCCUUCAUUACUCGACACACGCUCCGAAGCCUCGGCUCUAAAGGACACAUCACUAUUGAUUACGAAUGCACUGUUUUGUUUUUUGCUGUUUCAGUUUUGCUGGUUGCUCAAGUUGCUAUUGAAGGUUAUUGAAGAACCCAUUUUCAGUGUGAACCCACUGCUCAUCUGCUUGAAUAUUUUUGUAAAUAGUUUUGACACUGUAUAUAUUUUUUACUGUGUUUGGAGCCUGGUUGAAUAAAAUCCCUAAAACUUACCUUUCUGACUACACCAUACUGAAUUUCUCUGGGAGAACCCACUACAGACCCCUUCUAGUGCCACCAGCAAUCUGUCAGUCGGCCUUGUUGGUUCAAGUGUUAAUACAGGAGACGAAGGGUUCCCCUGAUGCCAUUUCUGUCUGUUUACAUCAAGCCUAGUUGAGGUUAACUUAAAGAGAUGAUUUCACGUCUAAACAAUUCACCAAAUGAUCUAACCUUCCCAAAAACAAAAUCACCUCACGUUUACUUUACAUGUAAUUCACUGAUGAUGAUCUUAUUUGCAUUAACUGUGCUGUUUAUGAUCCAAGCAGGGAGGGGACUGUAGUAAUAAAAAGACUAGUUAUUUUUGUUUAUUCUGUUCAUGUUGUCUAUAUAUUGCUUGGUCUCCCAUUGGGGUUGUGAGCCAAGAAGCAGUGAAUACCAGACUUUUAAUCAACACAAGUCCUGUAAGCUAGUACCAUAAAAUGAAUGUCGAGCUGAAGGGAAAAAUCACAGUAGGCAUGCUAAUUUACAAGCUCAUGAAUUAGCCAAGGGGACAGACUGUUAAGUUUUGAUAUCAUGGCAUUUGCCGACCCCU